AUGUCAUCAAAGAGCACCAAUUCACUGCAUACUGCCGCUCAGUUACUGGAUGUGUCUCCAGAAGAGCUGAAGAUGUCGUUAACGACAAGAAUGAUGUCAGCUGGAGGGUCUGACAUGAGGUCUGAGCAACAACAGCGUCAUCAAAUAUUGUGCUGUAUCAUUCCAGUGGCUUUAAUAAUGGCUUUAUUAUUGCUGACCACUAAACAUAAUUGAAUAAACUGAUCUAACCACUAAUCAAGGCAAAAAUCUUCAUUUAUUCAUGUAACUUACGCUAAUCAGUAUCACUAUGAAGCAUUACAUUAUUAUCAUAAUUAGCUGUUUAAAUUUAAAGGUAAAGGUGAUGAUGAGGUAAUUUAUAACAGGUUGGUAAAGAGUGUGCAACAUUUUUUUGUGCAAUAUUAAUGCUAACAGUAGUUAGUUAAUACAUUCUGUGAACAAAAAUUUAAUAAGUGAGGUAAUUCUUUAACAUUGCUUCAAAUUAAACUCUUAAUCUCAUUCAUUUUUCUCCUUAAAAUAUCGGUACAUCAUCAAAAAUGAAGUCAGAAUUAAGAUUGUAAUAACCCAAAAUGAAUUCGUUGUUUGUGCAACGUUUCAUAUUUUCUUUUCUAAAAAUAUGUGUUGAUGGGAGAUGAGAUAUUGUGGUUAAAAGAGUAACGAGAUAAACCAUUGAAAACUCACAAAUGGUUCCUGCAAUUGAGCUUGUUAUAAUAACAGAGUUUCUAGACAUCACAGUAUCUAAAACAUCUUUGAUCUUGCCAGAACGGUUAAUAUUACCACGACAGUUGUAGACAUGUCAGUAGACGUAGUCUGGUUAGUCCCAUAGUAACAGUAGUGUUAAAUACUUCAAUGAGCGCAUUUUAAUGUGAUUGCUUGAAGGUGACAAGUGAGGGUUUCUCUUCUGUUGUCUUUUCACAGGGUGCCACUGAAGCCAGAACAGGCCAGCGCUGCAAGAGAUGCGUUGGGCAAAGCGCUUUACACCAAACUGUUCGAUCAUAUUGUCGCGCAGGUCAAUCAGUGCUUCCCAUUUGAAAGUUCUUCCACUUACAUUGGCGUGCUGGAUAUUGCUGGCUUUGGUGAGUCUACGGCAAAGGAGUGUCAAACUUGUGCCAAGUUGGGGGAAGGGGGGAAGGGGAGGGGAGCUCCAGACCUCCCACCUCCCACCUGAUCCCUUACAUUGCAUUUCCGGCUCCUUCCCCUUUUUUCAUGGCCUCCUCCCUUUAACCCUUUUUCGAUUUCAAAAUAUUAAGCUUUUUUGCAUAAUUUCUCCCGCUUCCCACCCUUUCAGUACCUUUCCCUCCCACUCUUUCCUCUCCCAUUUGCCUUACCCCUCCCUCCCUAUUCUUCCAGAAUCCAACACCCCUAACGUCCCCCACAAACUAAAUUGCCUGAGAAAACCUUGAGGAAUAUACAUGUACAUACUGUUCAGUAAAGAAAACGAAAGUAUUCAACUCAAGGUGACUGUUUUGGCUCCUGCAAGGUUGUAGCAGCUCAUAGUGACAUGACCAAGGGUCUCACUGGCUAAUUAUUAUUCCGAAGAAUUGACUUUCCUCUUUACAGUACUCGUUGUUAUGGCUUCUAUAUUUUUGAGGGAGCAAAGUUGUCAUCGCGGGUAACAAUUCAUUCCCGUUUCUGCUUUACUCUUGAAUUGCAUGUGUCUCAUUACAUAUUUUUAUUUUUUUUGUUUUUUGACAGAAUAUUAUGAAUUCAACAGUUUUGAACAGUUUUGCAUCAAUUACUGCAAUGAAAAGCUUCAACAGUUAUUUAAUGACAGGAUUCUUAAACAAGUAAGUACAUGGAGCGCUUUGACCUCACCUCGAUAUUUGUGGAAGAUCCUUUAAUAGGCAGCUGCUACUAGCCACUGUUAAUCGUGUCCCCUCAACCCCACCCUUCCCUGGAGCGACCUUAUGGCACUGAGGGACGGGGUUAGCCAGUGUUUUGUUUUGUCCCGUUUAUUGGCUACUGAGCCACCAUUUUUAAUUAAUAUCAUGGCUUUGUUUUGCUAGGGACUAAACCGUUUGCUAUGGUGGGAAACUUCUCAUACUCAAUGUUCCUCGCUCAGUGCCACAUUUUGUGAACUCCCCUCUUGAUACUUUUUUGGUGGUCAUCCAACUGCCAGAAGGUCAGCUCUGACGGUUUAGUACCAAGCAUUAGAGAGCUUUAGAUUUGAAGACGAGAACGACUACGACUACGAGUACGAAAUCUGACUUAUUCUUAAAAAAUAGACACCCCGGAAGGCUUCAUUGCACUUUUUUUCAUUAGAAAAGAUAGUACUGUUAUCUAUAUUGAAGGAGGUUAAGUAGCCUCUCUAUCGCAAAAUUAAAAAACUUUUACAAUUUGAUAUAAACUCGUUUCCGCCAUUACGACAUGUUUGCUAAAUAAAACCUCGUACUAGAGUGACGACGGCUACCACGUUUUCCCGCCAAAAUGACGCUGGUUCACGCGCGAGCACCACUUAGGAUUGAGGAAAUCUCUUCCUCGUAGUCGUAGCCUGUGUACAGACGUCCCCUCCUCCCUCAGGAAAAAAUGGGGAGAGGGCUCCCGAUUUUUUCCUGAGGGAGGAGGGGACGUCUGUACACAGGCUACGUAGUCGUACUCGUCUUAGAAUCUAAAGGUCUCUAAUAUUAACAAACUGUAAUCUCUAAAGAUCAAAUGAAAAUUAUUUUUGCACAAAUAUUAGGAACAAGAGUUGUACGACAGAGAAGGUCUGGGAGUGAAGACUGUGACGUACAUGGAUAAUCAAGAUUGUAUA